UUGGACGAUCAGUUGGUCGACCAUUUGAUCGAUCACUUGGUCGACCAGUUGAUCGAUCAGUUGGUCGAUCAGUUGGACGAUCAGUUGGUCGACCAGUUGAUCGAUCACUUGGUCGACCAGUUGAUAGAUCAGUUGGUCGAUCAGUUGGUCGAUCAGUUGGUCGAUCAGUUGGUCGACCAGUUGGUCGAUCAGUUGUUCGAUCAGUUGGUCGACCAGUUGGUCGACCAGUUGGUCGAUCAGUUGGUCGAUCAGUUGGUCGAUCAGUUGGUCGAUCAGUUGGUCGAUCAGUUGGUCGAUCAGUUGGUCGAUCAGUUGGUCGAUCAGUUGGUCGAUCAGUUGGUCGAUCAGUUGGUCGAUCAGUUGGUCGACCAGUUGGUCGAUCAGUUGGUCGACCAGUUGGUCGAUCAGUUGGUCGACCAGUUGGUCGAUCAGUUGGUCGACCAGUUGGUCGAUCAGUUGGUCGACCAGUUGGUCGAUCAGUUGGUCGAUCAGUUGGUCGAUCAGUUGGACGAUCAGUUGCCCAACCAGUUGAUCGAUUGA